AAUUUUCUAGAAAGGUCAGUUUGAAUAUGCAUGUUAGAGAUAACUGUUUAAGUAAUGAAAUUGCCUAUUAUAAUACUUGGCUUUGAGCUGUCACUGAGACAUCAGCUUAACAUCAUAGUUCCUAGGAUAUUUGUAUAGACUAGCUGGUAUUAAAGCAGACAUGAGGCUGGUACUAAACCUGAUAAUGUUGACAUUUAUUGGUGUCAGCGGACUGCCAAUACAUGAUCCUGCAUCAGCAGUAAAUAGUAGAGCCCUUAAAUCGUUCAAGGAACUUACUGAUAAGCUGAAUGGCUUGAACUUAGAAAUGAAGAGAGACAGUCAACCAGAAUCUGCAGCUGCAAUACAGGGGGCAAUCAAGCAAAUGGCUGACAAAGCUCAAAGUUUGAUGGAUACAGUGUCAUUGAAAAGGAGAGUUCUGAAAGAAAAUCUGAUGUCUGACAAUGUAAGAGAUUCAGAGGAUGCUUUUAAGAAGGUUUUUGGUGUGCUGGCUUCCAAUAAAAGGGAAUUACAAAACCGAUUGUUGUUGAAAAAAGAUCAGCUUUUGGGUCAACUUGGACAAAAUGCUAAGAAAAUAGCUUCUAUGAAGGCAAGAGACUUUAACAAUAAUAUCAAACGGGGUCUAAUGUUAAAACGUGACCAGCACAUGAAGGGAAUAGACAGAAUAGCUGAAAGCAUUUUAGGUUUGAAAUCACUUGAUGUCAGAAACUUGAAACCUAGUUUAAUGGGAAAACUGAAGAAAGAUGUCGGAGAAACACAAUUAGCACAUUUUGACUGGUUCCCAUUUAAACAGGAAAUGCUUCAGAAGUCUGAAAGAGGUUUAAAACAAAGAGAUGAAAGUGAAAAUGACCAUGCAAGACUCUCUUCUGAUUUUGACUGGUGGUUCCCAAUGAAACAAAGAAGUCUACAAGAUAGUCAGAAAGAUAUUAAAUCUGACAGGGCUGUGAAAGAAGAUUUGCCUGAUAAGAGCAUUGCAGAAUCUGUACAAGAAAAGGCUAUUAGAGAUGUACUAGGUAACAUUGCCUGGGACUGGAAGAAAUCAACCUUUUACGAGCCAAUGAGUGCAGAUAGUCUCAAUUGAGGUCAAGACAACCAACACAAUUUUAUUUUUGAAGUUCUUCAGUAACUAAUGGUUGGCGAUGGUUUUUCCUGCCUAUGACCCAAUCGCGUACCUUGAUCAUGAAUACAGAUGUCAUGUACAUAUAAAUCUGAACUUUCAUGUACAUUUACAAUUUAUAUACAUUAAAGUAAAUAGAAAUUAA